AUGAAAUCCUCCUCAAUUUUUGCUACUUUUGAUUACUACCCUCAUCCAACGCCAGUCACACCACCUACGCUGCAACAUCCAAAACCGCAAUACCCUGAUAAGUUCACCUUGGGUGUCAAGAUUGACGGUCAAAUCUGGUUAACAUUCCAAGAGGGAGAUGGUCAGCUUGAAUAUGAUCAUAUCAAGUACUACCCACCUUCCAAACCACAAUGGGAUGGACACCGCCAAACUUUUACUACCCAGCCAGUUACUGAAGACGGUUCCGAACCUACUUGUCAUUCAGGUUGGAAACGUGGCUAUGGUGAUGGCGAUGGUGAUGGUGAUUCUGACGAGAAUGGAGCUAACUAUCACCCAAAUGCAUUUACUAUCAGUUACCAGUCUUGGUUACCAGUCUUUACUUUGAAAAACACAGUGUUGAAGGACUCUCACGGGAAAAUUGGUUCCAUAGUUGCUAAUCACCAAUUUCAAUUUGAUUACCCUGUCCAACCUGAUGCUUUAUACACCAGUGGCUUUUCAAUUGUGUAUCAAAACGGGUAUCCUUUGUUGGCAUUGAAUGGUAAAACCACAUUUUGGAACUCACAAGCAUCCUCAACCAUUUGGAAAUUGUACGAUAAACCAAUCACAUCCAAUUCAAGAAGCGUCGAGCUCGUUGUGAUCAAGGUUAGCUACUAG